CACCCAUCCCGCAUCUGUUUUUCUUUGAAUUACUCUCCUUGCAGUUUCUGAUUCAUACAGGGCCUUACAGAAGCUCCAGAUGGCGUCUUCCGUGGGCAACGUGGCCGACAGCACAGAGCCAACGAAACUAACCUUCCAAGGGUUAGCUGAGUUGGCACAUCGAGAAUAUCAGGCAGGAGAUUUUGAGGCAGCUGAGAGAUACUGCAUGCAGCUCUGGAGACAAGAGCCAGACAAUACUGAUGUACUUUUAUUACUUUCAUCUAUACACUUCCAGUGUCGAAGGCUGGACAGAUCUGCCCACUUUAGUACUCUGGCAAUUAAACAGAACCCUCUUCUGGCAGAAGCUUAUUCGAAUUUGGGGAAUGUGUACAAGGAAGGAAGGCAGUUGCAGGAAGCAAUUGAGCAUUACCGGUAUGCAUUGCGUCUCAAACCAGAUUUCUUCAAUGGUUAUAUUAACCUGGCAGCCACUUUGGUAGCAGCAGGUGACAUGGCAGGGGCAGUACAAGCUUACGUCUCUGCUCUUCAGUAGAAUCCUGAUUUGUACUGUGUUGGCAGUGACCUGGGAAACCUGCUCAAAGCCCUGGCUCACUUGGAAGGAGCCAAGGCACGUUAUUUGAAAGCAAUUGAGACGCAACCGAACUUUGCAGUAGCUUGGAGUAAUCUUGGCUGUGUUUUCAAUGCACAAGGGGAGAUUUGGCUUGCAAUUCAUCACUUUGAAAAGGCUGUCACCCUUGACCCCCAUUUUCUGGAUGCUUAUAUCAAUUUAGGAAAUGUCUUGAAAGAGCCACGGAUUUUUGACAGAGCUGUGGCAGCUUACUUUGCCCUAAGCUUGAGUCCAAAUCAGGCAGUGGUACAUGGCAACCUGGCUCAUGCAUACUAUGAGCAAGGUCUGAUAGAUCUGGCAAUAGACACCUAGAGGCGAGCUAUUGAGUUCCAACCACAUUUCCCUGAUGCUUACUGCAACCUAGCCAACACUCUCAAAGAGAAGGGCAGUGUUACCGAAGCAGAAGAUUGUUAUAAUACAGCUCUCCGGCUGUGUCCCACCCAUGCAGACUCUCUGAAUAACCUAGCCAAUAUCAAACGAGAACAGGGAAACAUUGAAGAGGCAGUUCGCUUGUAUCGUAAAGCAUUAGAAGUCUUCCCAGAGUUUGCUGCUGCCCAUUCAAAUUUAGCAAGUGUAUUGCGGCAGCAUGGAGAACUGCAGGACGCUCUGAUGCAUUAUCAGGAGGCUAUUCGAAUCAGUCCUACCUUUGCGGAUGCCCACAGGAAUCUGGCUGCCAUUCACAAGGAUUCAGGGAAUAUUCCAGAAGCAAUUGCUUCUUAUCGCACUGCUCUGAAGCUUCAACCUGAUUUUCCUGACGCUUAUUGUGAUUUGGUUCAUUGCCUGCAGAUUGUCUGUGAUUGGACAGACUAUGAUGAGCGAAUGAAGAAGUUGGUCAGCAUUGUGGCUGACCAGUUAGAGAAGAAUAGGUUGCCUUCUGUUCAACCUCAUCAUAGUAUGCUCUAUCCUCUUUCUCAUGGCUUCAGGAAGGCUAUUGCUGAGAGGCAUGGGAACGUCUGCUUGGAUAAUAUAAAUGUCCUUCAUAAACCACCGUAUGAACAUCCAAAAGACUUGAAGCUCAGCGGUGGUCGACUGCGUGUAGGAUACGUGAGUUCUGACUUUGGGAAUCAUCCUACUUCUCAUCUUAUGCAGUCUAUUCCAGGCAUGCACAAUCCUGAUAAAUUUGAGGUGUUCUGUUAUGCCCUGAGCCCAGAUGAUGGCACAAACUUCCGACUGAAGGUGAUGGCAGAAGCCCAUCAUUUCAUUGAUCUUUCUCAGAUUCCAUGCGAUGGAAAAGCAGCUGAUCGCAUCCAUCAAGAUGGUAUACACAUCCUUGUAAAUAUGAAUGGUUAUACCAAGGGUGCUCGAAAUGAACUCUUUGCUCUCAGGCCAGCUCCUAUUCAGGCAAUGUGGCUGGGGUACCCUGGGACUAGUGGCGCGCUUUUCAUGGAUUAUAUCAUCACUGAUCAGGAAACUUCACCUGCUGAAGUUGCUGAGCAGUAUUCUGAGAAACUGGCUUAUAUGCCCCGUACUUUCUUUAUUGGUGAUCAUGCUAAUAUGUUCCCUCACCUGAAGAAAAAAGCGGUCAUCGAUUUUAAGUCCAAUGGGCACAUUUAUGACAAUUGGAUUGUGCUGAAUGGCAUCGACCUCAAAGCAUUUCUUGAUAGUCUACCAGAUGUGAAAAUAGUCAAGAUGAAAUGUCCUGAUGGAGAAGACAACACAGACAGCAGUAAUACAGCUCUUAAUAUGCCUGUCAUUUCUAUGAAUUCUAUUGCAGAAGCAGUUAUUGAAAUGAUUAACAGAGGACAAAUUCAGAUGACAAUUAAUGGAUUCAGUAUUAGCAAUGGACUGGCAACUACCCAGAUCAACAAUAAGGCUGCCACUGGAGAGGAGGUUCCCCGUACCAUUAUUGUAACCACACGUUCUCAGUAAGGGUUACCGGAAGAUUCCAUUUUGUACUGUAACUUUAAUCAGUUAUAUAAAAUUGACCCACCUACUUUGCAGAUGUAGGCAAGUAUUCUGAAACGUGUUCCCAAUAGUGUAAUGUGGCUGUUGCAUUUUCCAGCAGUAGGAAAACCUAAUAUUCAACAGUAUGCACAAAAUAUGGGCCUUCCCCAGAACCGUAUCAUUUUUUCACCUGUUGCUCCUAAAGAGGAACAUGUUCGGAGAGGCCAGCUGGCUGAUGUCUGCUUGGACACUCCACUCUGUAAUGGACACACCACAGGGAUGGAUGUCCUUUGGGCAGGGACACCCAUGGUGACUAUGUCAGGUGAGACCCUUGCUUCCCGAGUUGCAGCUUCCCAGCUCACUUGUUUAGGCUGUCCUGAGCUUAUUGCUAAAAAUAGACAAGACUAUGAAGACAUAGCUGUGAAACUGGGAACUGAUCUAGAAUACCUGAAGAAAAUUCGUGGCAAAUUCUGGAAGCAGAGAAUAUCUAGCCCUCUGUUCAACACCAAACAAUACACAAUGGAACUAGAGCGGCUCUAUCUACAGAUGUGGGAGCAUUAUGCAGCUGGCAACAAACCUGAUCACAUGAUUAAGCCUGUUGAAGUCACUGAGUCGGCCUAA